ACUCUGAGUAGCUGGGCUAUAAAGGAAAUGACUGCUCUGGAACUAGGACUACAUUUCCAGACGGUAGUGGCAGCCAAGGGAAGGAUGGAGGCAUUUCAAAUUCCCCAACUGAGGCAAAAUUAUAUCACCCAUAUGGAAUCAGGAAAUCAAACACAUGCUUCACAAUUUCUCCUCUUGGGAUUUUCAGCAAAGUCGGAGAUUCAGUGCCUGCUCUUUGGGCUGUUCCUGUGCAUAUACUUGGUCGCAUUCACUGGGAACCUGCUCAUCAUCCUGGCCAUCUGCUCAGACUCCCAACUCCACAUACCCAUGUACUUCUUCCUCUCCAACCUGUCCUUUGCUGACAUCUGUUUCACCUCCACCACCGUCCCCAAGAUGCUGCUGAACAUCCAGACUCAGAGAAAAGUUAUCACCUAUGCAGGCUGCCUCAGCCAGACAUUUUUUUUCUUUGUGUUUGGAUGCGUGGACAAUUUACUCCUGACCGUGAUGGCCUAUGACCGCUUUGUGGCCAUCUGUCACCCUCUGCACUACUCAGUCAUCAUGAACCCCCAGUUCUGUGGGAUGCUGGCCUUGGGAUCCUGGUGCAUCAGUGUCAUGGGCUCUCUGCUCGAGACCUUGACCCUUUUGAAGCUGUCCUUCUGCACAAACAUGGAAAUUCCACACUUUUUUUGCCAUCUUCCUGAAGUCCUGAAGCUCGCUUGUUCUGACACCUUCAUCAAUAACUUAGUGGUAUAUUUUGUGACUAUUGUCCUAGGUAUUUUUCCUCUCUCUGGGAUCCUCUUUUCUUAUUCUCAGAUUUUCUCCUCCAUCCUGAGAAUUUCAUCAGCCAGGGGCAAGUACAAAGCCUUUUCCACGUGUGGGUCUCACCUCUCGGUGGUCUCCUUGUUCUAUGGCACAGGGCUUGGGGUCUACCUCAGUUCUGCAGCAACUUCAUCCUCCAGGACGAGUCUGGUGGCCUCGGUGAUGUACACCAUUGUCACCCCCAUGCUGAACCCCUUCAUCUACAGCUUGAGGAACAAGGAAGUGAAGGGGGCCCUGAGCAGGCUCCUUGGCAGGGUGGUGACUCUCAGCGUCAGAACCAUUAUAGGACUCUCUUGA